AGUUUCCACACAAUUUGGCCUAGAACACUGAGUCAGAAGCUCUUUCGGAGGACGAGCCGUACUUGUUGUACAUAAUCAGGUACUCAUAUCACCAAGUUCCAUCCUUCUGAGAGCGGCUUGCUCAGCUAUCUCUCACCCCAACCACCAUGUCUUCAUUGCCGACUGUAUCAGAGCCCACCGUCGAGGUCGUUGAGGCCGUUCGCUCAGCGGUAGUAGAACACGACCAACGACAUGACGCUCAGCAAUGGCUAGCCGCGAGACCGAUGUACAAAAGGACGGAUUCUGCACUGACUGUGCUAGACAACCGUCCAACCGACUCUCCCAAAAUUGUUGAAGAUGUGGACCUACAGAAUGAUUUGACCCUCAUCAAUGCUCUACCUGAUCAAAGCAUUCCAGUUGUCCUCCAGAAUAUGUCGUAUCCUCCACCUGCAAUGUCUCAGGAAGUGAUAGUUGCAGAACUUCGUGAGGAAAGCACCUUCAAGCGUCGCCUGCGUAUGUUCGCGUCCUUCAUUGCCUUUUUCUUGGCUGGCUGGAAUGGUGGUUCGACCGGUGCCUUGAUCCCAUAUAUCGAGCAGGCGCAUGGUAUUACAUAUGCAACCGUCUCACUUCUGUUCGUGUGCACUUUUAUCGGGUACGUUGUGGCAGCUAUUGGGGCCGGAACUCUUUCCCGUAAGGUCGGGUUCGGUCAUGCACUAUGUACCUCGGUCGUCGUCGAGCUAUUGGGGAAUGUCAUCAAUAGUUCACAACAGGUCAACUUUCCUUUGAUGUGCUUCGGCUUUUUCACUGUGGGCUCAGCAUUUGCGACUCAGCUGGGACUAUGCAAUGCAUAUUUCGCUGCCCUGGAUAAACCUCUCCUCUGGACAGGACUUCUGCAUGGAAUCUAUGGCUUGGGGGCAUUCGCGAGUCCGUUGGUUGCUACCGCUAUGGUCACUCACGGAGUUCCGUACCAUCUAUUUUAUACCACGAACGUUGGCAUGAAUGUGCCCAUAUUUGCGUUGAUCUGGGUUGCUUUCCACGAUUUGCAUGCUCUGCCACAGCACCCAGCAGAAGCUGCGACUGGUACUCCUGAACACUCGAACAAGGCGUUCUGGGACACCCUCAAGAGCAAGGCUGUAUGGACCUUAGCUAUUUUUCUUAUGCUCUAUGUUGGAGCCGAAGAAUCCCUUGGAGGUUGGAUCGUUUCUUACAUCCUAGAAGUCCGUAAUGGAAGCCCUGAAGGGGCUUCAUGGGUGGCUUCUGGAUUCUACCUCGGUGUCGCUAUUGGCAGGAUCGCACUUCCGGCCUUGAAUCUGUGGAUCGGCGAGCGUCGUGCCGUCUUCCUCUACAUCCUAGUCGCUAUCGCCCUAGAGUGCAUUGCAUGGUUCCUUCCUAUUCUUUCAUCCACUGCAGUAUGUACUGCCUUGGUCGGCGUUGCCAUUUCAACAUUCUACGCUUCCGCCAUUACAACCGGUGCUAAGCUCGUUCCGAGGAGCAUGCACGCUGAUGCUUUUGCUCUUAUGAGCUCUGUCGGACAGAGCGGCAGCGCGUUCUGGCCGCUCAUCGUUGGGAUUAUGAGCACGAAGCGUGGAAUUUGGGUCGUUGAGCCUACGGUAGUAGCUCUACUUGGUGCUCAAGGUAUUUGUUGGUGGCUGGUGCCAAAGCCAGACAGAAGAUCAGAGUGAAUCCAAGAUACUGCGGGAGGCAUCCUCUUAUUUUGCACCCUAGUCUUCAUGCGCUUCCCCUAGAUUUUCUCAUAGU